AUGAAGAGCAUUAUAACUAUUGAAACAGAAGAAGAGAGGGAGCCAUAUUAUAAGGUGAUGGAAGAAGUGAUUGAGAGGGUGGAAGAAGCUUUUGGGAAGUGCAGCAAAAGGAAGCCCUUCUUUGGUGGGGACAGUGUAAUUGCUGAAAUGACCAAUAGAGGCGUGGAUCGUUCUGUUGAAUGUACUAGCAGCAUCCAAGCUAUGAUCUCAGCCUUUGAAUAUGUCCAUGAUGGUUGGGGUGUUGCUAUUCUUGUUGGUGUUCCAAGCAAAGAUGAUGUUUUCAAAACUCAUCCUAUGAACUUCUUGAAUGAGAGAACUCUCAAGGGUACCUUCUAUGGUAACUACAAACCCCGAACCGAUCUUCCUAAUGUUGUGGAGAAGUACAUGAAAGGGGAGUUGGAACUUGAGAAAUUUAUCACUCACACCGUUCCGUUCCCAGAGAUUAACAAGCCUUUUGAUUUGAUACUGAAAGGAGAGUCCAUCAGCCUUCAACUCCGAUCGAACAUUGCACCGCCAACAACGACUAACCAACCAGUGCCGCACUCUCCUCCGCACACAGCGCAGCCGGUUUUGAAUACUUCAGAAUGGCAGAAUCGCAAGAAAAACGUGUUUCAAGCCGCACAGUUGUCGGAUGUUACAGAUGUUGGAAGUGAUGAGAUGGAGCUUGGUGAUGAGUUACCAGAUCAUGGUUGCUUACAAGAAGAUGAGAUACCAAGAGUUGGAAUGCGGUUUGCUCAGUUAAAGAUGGCUCAUGACUUUUAUGUGACAUAUGCAAAGAAAGCUGGAUUUGCAACUAAGAUAAGGACGACAACAUUUGAUAAGAUCACAAAGGCUCCCAUUAACCAAGCUAUACACUGUAAUCGUGAUGGGAUCCGCGAGUCUCGUGUUAAAGCACCAACACGGAAGAAUACGAUUUCAGCUGCUGGGUGCAAGGCAAGGAUAUAUGUAAAGUUUGAUAAAGAUGUGCAAGACUGGGUUUUGCUCAAGGUUGACUUGAUGCACUCUCACCCCUGUUCACCGAAAAAGGCAGUGUACUACCAUGAGUAUAGGCAGUUGACCAUGCAUGCGAAGUGCGUGAUCGAGGAUAAUGAUGAGGCUGGGAUUCGACCAAACAAGACAUUCCUUGCUUUGUCAAAUGAAGCUGGUGGCCCCUCUAACUUGGGAUUCUCAGAGAAGGAUUUAAGAAAUUAUAUAACAGUAAGGCUCCGAACUAGCAACGUGAAUGCGGAUGUCAGGGAGAUGAUGAGGUACUUUAGGAGAAUGAAGGACAUCAAUCCGAACUUCUUUUACGCGGUGAAGUUGGACGAUGAGUGUAAAUUUAAGAGUGCAGUAUGGGUUGAUGCAAGGUGUAGGGCGUCGUAUGAAUACUAUGGAGACGUCGUGUCAGUUGAUAGCACGUACAGUACAAAUAGGCAUGGAUUACCGUUUGUGUCGUUCGUUGGGGUCAACCACCAUGGUAGGUCGACCCUCCUCGGUUGUGUUUUGUUGGGGAAUGAAGAAAUCAGAAGUUAUGAAUGGGUUUUUAGCCAAUGGGUGAAGUGCAUGGGAACUGCUCCAAAGUGUAUCAUAACCGAUCAAUGUCGAUCCCUUUAUCGUGCAAUCAAAAAUACUUUACCCGACACACGCCACCGGUGGUGCAUUUGGCAUAUUAUGAAUAAGCUACCUUCGAAGCUUGGGGGUUACCGCCGGUACGGAGCUUUGUAUGGUGACCUAAACGACAUUGUGUGGAACUCUCGGACGGAGGAGUCAUUUGAAGAUGAUUGGGCUGAUUUUAUAGAUGAGUACAACUUACAUAACAACACAUGGCUGUCAGAUCUGUAUGAUGAACGAUGCAUGUGGGUCCCAAUAUACUUCAAGGGUGAAUUUUGGGCAGCAAUGCGGAAUACUCAAAGGAGUGAGAGCAUGCACGCAUUCUACGGUGGAUACUUACACAGUAAAACUAGCUUGGUCCAAUUUGUUCAUGAAUAUGACAAUGUGCUUGGAGUCAAGGAGCAGAGGGAACUGGAGGAUGAUGCUGCAGACUCGAGGGGGGUUAUCCCUUGUGCAACUACCUCGCCUAUAGAGAAACAGUUUCAGCAAGAGUAUACCACGAGCAUUUUUAGGGAUGUUCAAAUUGAGUUUGUGAGGAAGGCUAACUGCAGAGUUUCUGCAGUUGAUGAACAGGGUCCAUUGGUCUGCGUGAAGGUGGAAGAGGAGAAACUACUCAACGAUACUAUUCUAUGCGUUCCGUACGAUGUUCACUUUGACCGUUCCACACAAGAGCUUCGUUGUGAGUGCAAUCUUUUUGAGAGUUCAGGUGUGUUGUGCUGUCACUGCCUUGAAGUUUUCCAUUCGUAUAAAGUGUACAAAGUACCUUCCUGUUAUAUUCUUCCUCGAUGGAGCAAGAAGAUAAAGCGCAAGCAUACGUAUGUCAAAAGUAGCCAUGAUGUCAGUCGGUCAGAUGAGAGUCAUGUUGCAUUCAGGGGACUGUGUGCACACUUCUAUAAUGUUGCUCAAGAGUUCCUCGGUGAUGAUGAAGAAACAGCAUUGCUGCAUGUUGCUUUGGAAGAAACAAGGGCCAAGUUGGCUACGCACCGUGCCAAAAAGAGGUCCGAGAACGUGGCAGAGACUCAGACCAACAUUGGCUCUCAGAGUUCGAACGAUGUCGGUGUUGAUGACAUCCAAGGCCCAUCGAAGGUCACCACAAAGGGCAGGCCAAAGAGUAAGAGGCUCAGCUAUGCCCUUGAAAAGUCCAUCAAGAAUUCAAGACGGAGAAAACAAAAGAAUUCACCCCCGGUGGUUCGUCUGCAAACAUUUCAAGAUAUAAACCAUUGUGCUGUUUCUGGCUUGAAUGUUCCCGAACAAGCCGGUGGUUUCAUGUCUUUGUUAAGCUCCUUCAACAAAAAAUGGGAUUAG